UAAAUAGAGUAUCAAACUUGUUAAAUGGAAAAUAUAUAAUUUGCACAGCAAGAAGCCAAAAAUUGUCAGAUCGCAGAGUAAAACUUGCUCGAUAAGUCAGUCAUUCCCAAACGCAAAUGGCAAACGGCAAACGGGAGGACGGAAAUGUAACUGAUUAAUAUGCGUAAUGACAAUUUUGUCCUUCCCAGGAAGAGUCUAGAAACCCUAGGACUCCUACCGUCCUACUUAACGGUUCACACUCCGUCAACUAGCAUGCUACUAUAUGUACACAUCAGCAAAGCGAGUCAGUGAACAAAUCCAAAUCUGAUCCAUUGCAGAAAUUUAGCAACACAAUCGAGCACAGCCGAAAAUCCGCCGCGAAUCAUGGCCACCGCUACGAUAUUCAAGAUCAACGGCCGCACACUGGCGCCGGAGAUCCAACUGCCUUCGCCGUCCGCCACCGUCCUCGACUUGAAGCAGGCCAUCCAGUCCCUGCUCGGCGUCUCCGUCGCGAGGCAGAGGCUCUUCCACAAAGGCGACGGCGAGCUCCUCAACGACCGGUCAAUCCAGUCGUACAAGCUGAAAGCAGAGAAGAAGGAGUCGUUUGUGAAUCUGGAUCUGACGGUGGAGCUGCCGCCGAAGAAGAGGAGAGGAGAGAAGAUCCCGUUCGUGGUGAAGUGCGGCAACGAGAAGGCUACCUUCAACAUGCGGGAGACCGACACCUUGUACGACUUGGAGUGGAAGAUCCAUUGCAGAUUCCAGGACUUGUAUCCGACGAAAUUUCGCUGUGCCGGAAUCGAGCUGCCUUCUUGCUACCACGACGGCGAUGACAAUGAUAUCAGUCUGUACGAGUGCUAUCUCUCGGAAGGGACGGUGUUUGAGGCUGCGUCGGCGACUUGUCAGUCUCGUCACACCUACGGCCCGAAAACUUUCCCUCCUUCCUUCUACAACUAAACUCCGAAUUCCGUAUCACAUUAAUGGAGCUAAUUUCUGUUUCCUCUUUCCCUCGCCCCCUAUCGAUUCCUCGCAUCUUGUUUGUCUUUUCUUUGUGUAAGGUGUAGUAAGUCUGUAAUUCCUUGUUAGACCUCCUCUGUUUGUAUCGAUCUUGAGAAUGCUGAAGUAAAAUUGUAUGUUUAUGCACUUUCUUGUUGUUACUUUCUUUGCCGAUGAUCAAAUUCUUGAAAAUCUUGAAUUUCUGCAGAAAGCCAGAAACCCUAGCUAUCUGUUAAUUAAUAUUUUAUGAGGAUUCCGAUUAGCUAUCCUGCUAAUUAAUAUUUAAUUGGGAUUCCAAUUCCAAAGAGAGUUCUACUCCACCAACCCUAAAUCACCAUAAAUUAUUAAUUAUAAGAGACCACAAAUUUAUCGCUACGCCUAAACAGCAGAUCUGAAAGCAAUGAGCUUAAUUCGUCUCGGGAGGCAGUAGCCACGGCGGGGACACUGACAUACAAAAUCCACGGCCGAAAAGUGGUGCGGGAAAUCAAAUUCACCGCUCCGAUGUCUUCCGCCAUGCUCGACCUCAAACAGGCAAUUCGAUCCCGCUUGGGCGUCGCUUGCGCUGACAGAGUUGGGAGAGAUGCGGCGGUGGACGGGAAGGAGGCAUCGGCAACCGGAAGGUUCUCAACGGAACCGUGAGCUUACCCAAAAAAAAAAGGGAAAACGUUCUCAAACCCCUGCUGACCAUGGUCCACCUGGAUGUGGACUCGAGUGGUCUCCAUGCUCCAACAGUCCAACUAAUUCAACUGCCCGGUCAACCCGUAUUUUACUGCUCAUAGCGGAAAUUAGUGGGCCUAAUGUCAAACUGGGCCGGAAGUGGUGGCCCAAUCUGAAACCAAUAAUCCAGCUAGGAAGUUCAGAGGACAAGUAGCCCAAGACCUAGGCCCGCUGAUUGCAGAAAAAAAGGAAGCAAGGCUAAAAGAAAGGGGCAUUCCGAGAAUUGAACUCGGGACCUCUCGCACCCUAAGCGAGAAUCAUACCACUAGACCAAAUGCCCUGCUGUGCCAUUAAGUCUGUGGUAUAAUUUUUAUACGUUUUCUGAAUAUUCCUAUUCAUGGACACGAUGCUCGUAAUUUCUGACAAAAUUCGCGUCGGUUCAAUCCUUGAAAGUUGCAACCAACGAUGACACGUUGCCUAGAUAGCAGCUAGCUACCAUGAUUGUCAUUUCAUUUCAUAUCAAAAGCCAAGGACAAAAAGAGAGCACAUGCUACUAUGCUAGAGUUGAACAAUAAUACCACAAGUGGAGCUGGGUAUCCUCAUUGUUACGUGUAUAAUAGCAUGCAACACUAUCAUGUUGCCAAACAAAGUUAAAGAUCCACUAACCCCAUAACAUGGUUUUGAAAGUGAUCGAUGACGAGAGGAGUAGACAACACAUUAUUAAAGAAGCGACGACGAUUUCAUCCAGCGGUCACAGGAAGGGUUUGUUAUAGCAAUCGUGCAUUACCCCAUGGAAGCAAGAGGACAGGGAAACACAUACGCCAUAACCCAGCGGUCUCUUAUGAGUAACCUAGAGCGAAGAAAUAAUGGUUAUUUUGUCUAAACUUGUAUGACAUUGCACAAUUCUCGUCCCGCACAUAGAAUAGUUACAUUAGGGAAAAAAAAUAAUUAAUUAUGACGAUUUUGAUGAACCAUGUUGAGCUGAUAACUGAUCAUGGCGUAGGCAUGCAUGGCACGGCAGGAUUAAAAGGACAAGUUUUGC